AAUUUGAGGUUAUGUUAGUCAUUUGAAUAAAAAAGAAAUUGUGAUCUUCACUGAAGUAGGACUUUCUAAAACACUGACAGGAUGUCAGUAGAAUUAACAUUUAUUCAAAGUAUUAAAAAUGUAAUCAAAUCACAAUGAAUUUAGACAAAGUAAAAUCAUGUCUUCUAAUAGGAAAUGAUUUAGAAGUGGUGUUACUUAAAGUUGCAAUAAAUUAUGCAGAAAGGGGAUUAAAUGUUUGGUUUAUUUCACCAGAAGCAAUCAACAACAUUCCAAAGGAAAUUAAAGUACCAAGCACAGAAGUGCUGAAGCUAAUAACAUUUUUAUAUUUGCGAUCUUAUGAAGAUUUACUAAACAAUCUAAACAAAAUUCAAUUAUGGCACAGGAAACCAGAUAUGAUAAUAUUAAAUGGUUUAGAUAUAUAUUGUGAUAUUAAUUCUGAUCAAUACAAUUCACUAGUUUCUGCAUCUAUUUGUGCAGCAAUUUUAGACAAUGCCUCAGGAUCUUCUGGAGUACAACAAACAUCAUUACUUAUUGUUUCAUCAGAGGUUCCCAAUGAAUUGUCUAGCAGGAUGAAGGUGUUAAUCGAUAUGUACUUCCCAUUUGUUCUCAAUAAUGCUGAUAAAAAGAAACUUUAUGAUGAUGUUGUAGAAUAUUUUUUAGUUAAAUAAAAUAAUAAAAUAUUUAGUAAAUAAUA